AUUCACUCCAAGAAAAAAGAUCAAUGGUAUGAGGUUGUAAACAUAAAAUUGGUUGUUGUCUAGUGCGAGUGGACACUGCGGUACAGAGAGAGGCAAGUCCCACAUGGAUGUUCCAAACAGCCCGGAAAUCUCGGUUGAUGUUCCUCCUUACCUUCGAGUGCACAAAGACAGCACGGUCGAGAGAAUUGCCGGCACCCAAGUCGUUCCCGCAGGCCUCGAUUCCGACACCAACGUUGUCUCCAAAGACAUCCUCGUCGUCCCCGAAACCGGCGUCACUGGCAGGCUCUACCGUCCCAAUUCCACCCCGCCAACCGCCAAUAAGCUCCCUUUACUUGUCUACUUCCACGGCGGCGCCUUCUGCAUCUCCUCCGCCUCCGAUCCUCUCUACCACACCUCUCUCAACAACCUCGUCGCCGAGGCCAACGUUGUCGCUCUCUCCGUCAAUUACAGGCUCGCGCCAGAACACCCUCUUCCCACCGCGUACCAAGACUCUUGGUCCGCGAUUCAAUGGGUCGCUGACGCCUCUCGUGCUAAACAACACCACCAAGAAGAUUGGAUCAGGGACAACGUUGACUUUGACAGAGUCUUCCUAGCAGGGGACAGCGCAGGUGCCAACCUGGGACACUACAUGGCCUUAAAAUUGAAUAAUAAUUUUCCAACAAAUGAUGGUUUCGAUUUCAAGGUUGCGGGUCUUAUCAUGGUGAACCCUUAUUUCUGGGGAAAGGAAGCAAUUGGAGUGGAGAUUACUGAUCCGGAGAGGAAGAAGAUGGUGGAUAAGUGGUGGAGUUUUGUUUGUCCUUCGGAUAAAGGGAACGAUGACCCUUUGAUUAACCCCUUUGUGGAGGAGGCUCCGGGUAUUGAAGGGGUUGCUUGCGAUAGGGUUCUUGUUACUGUUGCGGAGAAAGACAUACUGAGGGAAAGGGGGAAGCUUUAUCACAAAAUGUUGAGCAACAGUGACUGGAGAGGAACUGCUGAGUUCCACGAGACUCCAGGGGAGGAUCAUGUGUUUCACAUCUUCAACCCCGACUGCGAGCAAGCAAAGAGUUUGAUUAAACGCAUUGCUCAUUUCAUUAAUGAACAUUGAAUGUUUACUGUCAUUUUGUUCUUUUUUCCUGUGUUGUGUUAUGUGUGGAUCCAUUAAUAAAAUUCAACAAAGAUUGGGAAGCCUCUUCUUUUAAUGUAUUUCACUGUUGGAAAUCCAUACAACUUGUUUUCUUUCCCUGUUUAUAAUUACUGUCAUGUGUUUUAUUAAUUACUAUCUGACAGUGUUGUAAUUUCUAUAAAAUAAAUUUGUAUGUGGGCUUCGUGCUUUGUUAAUGUUAUUAUCCGUUCUUCAA